GGUGACUCCAUCGUCGUGGAGUCUGUGCCAGGCUUGGGACGGGUGGCCGUGCUGAUCGCAGACGAAGUCUGGAACCCUGAGCUUUCGCGGUGCAUUGCGCUUCAAGCCGCAGAGGUGGUGUUGCACCCGGCCGACUGGGACAGAGUCGAGGCCGCUGAGAUGGCAGCCACGGAGCGUGCAACCGAGAACCGCUUCCACCUGGUCUCCGUCCAUCGGCUCGACAGUCCGGGACGUGUAGGGUCUCAGACAACACUUGCUGGGGAAUACAUCGGCGGCGAGCCGAUACCGCUCAUCCGACAUGGCCAGGGCAUUUGGUGUCGAUUCGGAGUUGAAGAACUCAUUGUUGUCGACUUACUUCGCUGGCAGCCGCACUGCAAGAUGAUGGGAGACCACCUGGAUGUUCUGCGAAAGUGCUCAGGAAGCAGUGCUGGAAAUGCCGUGGUCGACGAAGCAGAUGAUGCCGAAGGAGGAGAUUCACCAAUGGACCCGGAAGGAGAUCGAGGAAUCCUUUGGGAUAGGCCGCAGAACCGUGGAAUGCAAAGCAUUUUGGAUUCAGCAGAGCCGCCUCCGGAUUUCCACUUGGGUCGCCUCUCCUGGGUCUUGCCUUCGUCGCGUUUUCCCUUGCGUUGGCGCCAGUUGCUCUUCGUGUUCAGCGGCGAGAGCUUCUACCAUCUGGUGAGCAACCUGAUGCCGAUUCAGCCGGAGGCCAACGUAAACUUCAAGGAAAUGGAGUAUAUAGGACUCGACCAGCUGACCCCGGAGCUCGUGGUGCUCGAGAAUCUCACCACUCUCAGUGGCCUCGAGCUGCGGGUGGCCAACUGCACCUGGAUUAUGUCAUCCCUGACAUACGCGGUGCACACGGCGCUGGGCCCGGGCGAGGCUGCUGAAAGUGACGCGCUGCAGGGUAAUGGUGGAUAUCUUUGCAGCGGAAUUGUGCAUCCUUCCUGGGUGGGGAUUCUGAUUGCGUGCACUCCGUCGCUGUGUGUCUUCGAGUUCAUGGUCACAAUGCCACGCUUCAUCAUGAUUAAUGUCAUGUUUUCUGGCAUUCGUUGCCUUAUCGUUCAACCUGGACGCUUGCUGGUCAGUCUGUUGAGCAGCAUCUUGCUUUUCCUGACCCGGUCCCUCUUCUCCCCCCCUGCGAUUUUGGUCACUACGGUCCCGACCGCCAACCCAAUCCUGGGGGCAGCGUUCAUUUGCAUAUCGCUGGCAGCCAUUACGUCGCCCGUCCCUUUGCUUCUGCUCGCCCGCGAUCUGUGGAACACGACUUCCAAUCUCAGAGUUGUCAGGAGCUUCAGACGAGCGGUUGGAAACAAGGUCUUGAGCAGGGCAUUGGAACGCCUUCCAUUCGCCUCACGCUCGAAAGGAGUACCACGAGGAUCUCGGGAUCCCAAGCAGAAGGACUACAAGGGUGCCGAACGAGCUGCCACUUCCUUUGCUCCGCCCUGCUUCGUCUGCCUCGAUAAGCCCUCCAG